GACGAUACAAUGCCAUUGCUAUUGCUAUUGCAAGCUCCGCGACACUGCCCGCCUCAAACUCUGUUAUCACUUCUUCCGUGUAAAGCCAAACGCUACACACAAAUCGAAGCCUACGUCUAUUGCUUUCUGCUGCCUGCACCUCUUUAUCGAGGCUCGUUCGACCUCCGUUUUCAAGCCCGAGGACAAGCUAAUUAAUGGGGGAGCAGGAGGAGAAGAAGCCGGAGGAAGCUCAGAAGGCGGCGGCGGAGGAAGCUCCGAAGGAUGAAAAGCCAGUGGAGGAGAAGAAACCAGAGGAAUCUCAGGCAGCGCCACCGCCACCGCCACCGCCGCCGCAGGAAAUUGUUCUUAGGGUUUACAUGCAUUGCGAAGGAUGCGCUCGGAAAGUUCGGCGGUGCCUCAGAGGCUUUGAAGGAGUUGAAGAUGUGAUAACCGAUUGCAAGGCAAGUAAAGUGAUUGUGAAAGGGGAAAAAGCAGAUCCGCUCAAGGUAUUGGAUAGGGUUCAGCGGAAGAGCCACCGCCAAGUGGAGCUCAUCUCCCCAAUCCCUCCGCCUCCGCCGCCGGAGGAACCUAAGAAGCCUGAAGAGAAAGAGGUCGCCAAAGUUGAAGAGAAAAAAGAGGAGCCUCCAGUCAUUACAGUGGUUUUGGGCGUGUAUAUGCAUUGUGAAGCUUGUGCUCAAGAAAUCAAAAAGAGAAUUCUGAGAAUGAAAGGAGUUGAAAGUGCAGAGCCAGACUUGAAGAGUUCACAAGUUAUAGUAAAGGGUAUUUUUGAACCCAAAAAACUCUCCGAUCACGUCCACCGGAGAACCGGCAAGCACGCCGUGAUCAUCAAGGUGGAGCCGGAGAAGAAAGAAGAGGAAGAGAAGGAGAAAGAAAAAGGAAAAGAAGACAAGAAAACAGAGGAGGGUGAGAAAGAUUCAGCAGCAGCCAAGAAAGGUGAAGAAGAAACUGCGGCGAAGGAUUCCGGCGGCGCCGAUAAUCCUCCGGCCAAGCCGGAGGCUGACGGCGGCGAUGAAUCAAAGCUGGAAUUGAAGAAAAAUGAGACAUACUACUUCCACCCACAAAGCUAUUUGCAAUUAGGAGAUCCACAAAGGUAUGCACAUGAAUACUAUGCAUAUCCUCCUCAGAUCUUUAGUGAUGAGAAUCCAAAUGCAUGUAGUGUUAUGUAAAAUUGAAAAUGGUGGGAACAUGGGGGGGUUGGGUUGGGGUAUGGCAAAUUGGGGAAAAAAUUAAAUUAGGGUUUGCACAUGGGGAACUGAUCCAUGAGCCCUUUCAAUCUUGACAUCUUGUUGUGCUCUGCAUGUGGCCAUGUCUCUGUUGAGGUAAAGAAAAAAGAAGAGAGAAAUAAAUGAAAGGGUAAACAAAACUAAAUUUAAAUUAAAUAAAUAUAUAAUAAAGAGGUCUCUGGUGUAAAUCUACAGGGAAAGCUGUGGAAUUUUGUGAAGUCCUUUUUGGGGGUUUCUUUAUUGUAGUCUUUUGUCACAUACCAAUAAUAUAUGACAGUAAUAAAUAUAUAUAUAUAUACUAUUAUAUAUAUGUUCUUGAAGAGCUGAAUGAAUGCAUGAUCGAGUGUAUAUGUAAAAUAGAAUUUGGUUGGUGAAUUAGCAAUGUUAAUUAAUGUUUGUGUU